AUGCAAGCCUUGUUUCAGGGCAUUUCCUUCACGUGGAAUUGGCUGACUGGACAAAGUAAAUUAUUGUUCUUUCAGGAAGAGGAUCGUUUGGAAUCCUCUAAAUUGAGAAGCAGAGUUGUUUCGGAGGAUGAUGAAAAUUCUUUAUUGAAACUCUCACUUUCCGAAGAGGCAUUGAAAGAGAAUUUUGAUUAUUCAUUCAAGACAUGGAUGAUGUUGGGAGUGUUUUUGAGAGAGAAUCAUCAAUGGGAACAGGCUGAAAGGGUAUUCAAGAAGGCCAUGCAAAUGGUUGAAGAAAGUGCAAAAAGGAUGGAAAAUUCUGAAAAUGCCUUUUCUUCAUCAUCAUUAACUUCGCCAAAUGUGUCUUUAUUGCUUUUGGAAAUGGCGCGAAAUUUGGAAAAACUUGGAAAGAUUGAACAAGCGAUCGAAAAAUUGGAAAAAGUGAUUCAAUUAAAUGUCUCAAAACAAGACAAAGUUGAUGCUCUUGCUGAACUCGCUUGGAUUUAUUUGAGCGAUGAAAAGUUUGAAAAAGCAAGAUUAUUCAUUUCACAAAUUGAGGAACUUGGCAAUGAGGACAAAAGAACAAGACAAUUAAUUUCUCAUUUGCUUGGAAAUUAUCAUUUAUCAAUGGGAGAACCUGACUUAGCAUUACAACAUUACGAAAAGACUGUCGAGUUAGAUUCUACGUGUGUCGAUGCAUUGGCCGUUCUUGGAGACAUUUACUUUCAUCAUAAAAAAGAAAAAUCAAAGGCAAGAACAUUAUGGGAACGUGCAUUCACAAUUGAUCCAUUGAACAAUAGCAUUUCACAUUACAAAUUAUCAAAUAUUAUUAUGAAAGAAGACAAGAAUUACGAACGAGCAAAAUCAAUUCUAGAUGCUGCAUUGAAAGUGGAUGCCAAAGAUGCCAACUCAAAUUAUCUCAUGGCGUUUUGUCUUGACGAGAUGCAAUGCGAAGCUAAAGACGUGGUCAUGUUUCACUAUUCUGAAGCCAUGCGUUUAGAAUGCCAAAAGAAAAAUCUCUUUGUUCGAUUUAGUGACUAUUUGGUGCGUCUUGGCAAAUACGAAUGGGCGAUUGGAAUAUUGAAUACUGGUAUGAAGCUAAAACCAAAAGAAACCAUCACUUUCCUGUCCUUACGUGAGAAAAUUUAUGAAACCACGAAAAACUAUCAAAAUGCUCUCGACGACUGUGAGUUAUUGUUAAAACUCAUUUCACAGACAGCCAUUUCAGGUUCUUCUUCAGUCUACAAUACCACUCAUGCAACACAAAUGAGUAGAGACGAGGUACAGGAACGAGUUGCAACUCUUAAACAAAGGCUUUAG